GAUCAGUGCUGCUGCCCAGACACUGCUUGUUUGGAGUUGAGUUUGGUAGGUACAGCAGUUGAGGGUUUGCCUGGCUUCUCCUUCAGGUGAAGAGGAAAUGAAAACUGUUCCUUGGUCUAGUGUCAUCUGUCUUCUUUCCUUUUAGUGCUUCAGGUGGAUGUAUUGGUGAAUUAGAAUGACCCUUCUUUAUAUAGCCCAAGCAGUGCUUUGCCCUUUCAUCCUUCUGUCACAUUUUAACCUUUGCCAGACUUUAUUCUUUUACUGCUGGCCAAUUAAUUUUUCUUCUCACCCCCUUCUCUACCAGGAUUCUCCCGUACUCAGCAGUUCUUGCUGCUGCAUAGCUGACCUACUUGUACAGCUCCCUCGCCGUGUUUGUUACCUGCACAAUACUUUGAUGGUGUGUUGGCCCUUUCUUCAGCUUGAUUUUUUUCGUGUGUGUUUCUAUGUGUCUAAAAUCUAUUUCUGCUCAGAAGGUUUCAAUACCUUAGUAAUUUUCUGCAGAACUGCCAAUUUGAAUUUUGUUUCAUCUACCUCCCUUCCUUCCUUGUUAGUCAUAGCUGAAUUCUGAGCUUUGCAGCCCCGAUGAUCUGCCUGGACAAGCCUUUCGCUCUGUACAGCCUUCUCCCUCUGUCCAUGGGAAAACCCCCUUUAUUUCUGCUCUGAAGCUUCAUUGUGGGUGCCCAUUUCCCUGGCCGAACAUUGGAUUUUUGGUCCCUGGCUUUCAGCUGCAGUGUCUCUUCAGCAGGCAUCUUGCUUUCCAGGCCUGUCAGCUGGUCUCCAACAAAUCAGUUGCGUAUGUUUGCUUGCAUAAUGUUACAUGCUGGCAUUGUAAAACAAAAAUAAUUGAAAUAUAAGUCAUUCAGUUUUUUCUCUGUACCUGAGCAUGAGCUGGGAGCCACCCCCCUUGGGUCAUUUGUUCAUGAGAUAAUGGGGUCACUGUUACUUUAUUAUCAUAUCACGUGGUCUGCUGAUCAAAGGAUUCCUUUACUGUGUUAAUAGCAGCACUUCAAACUGUUAAUGUUAGUAAGUUUAAAAAAUAUAAUACACUUUUUCACAUGUCAUACUGGUGGGGCAGAAGUAACAGCUUGGGCAGUUUUCCUUGGACUUCCAGUCGUUCUCACACCUUGACUUUGCUCCGGUGGCAGAGUUCUGUAGUAACAGGUUGCAAAACUUUCAAGGUAAACAAAAGAAAGAAUGUUUGAAAAGCACUUCAUUCAGAAAAAGAAAAGAAAUUGAACAUGUGAAAAGGUCAAGAAAAGCAGUAGCUCAGUGGCUGAAUUUUUCAGAAGUGCUUUACAGUGGGGAAAGUGGGGAAACCUCUUAAAGUGGUGUCUUACUCAAUCCUGGAGUACAGGGAGUGUUUUAAUGCAAAACAUCAGAAAAAAAGACUGCAACACCUCCUGUGAGAAAAGGAGAAAAAAGAAGAUUUACAAUUGCAUCUUGAAACACUCACAUGAUUCGAGCUCUAACUUACUUUGUUUGAAAGAGGAAAGCCAGUGAGGACCUGUGAGCAGUUCUGCAGUUUCUGAAAAAUCUUCAUGCUAAAGGAUAAUCGAGAAUUCCCCGAGGAAAAACAUAGUGAAUGUUAAUCCAGAGGAGCUGUCGGAGGAUUGUGCUCACGGGGAGAUGAUUCCUCAUGAAGUCACUGGAUCCCUUGCAGAAAUCAAAUGUGACUUUCCUUUUAUCAGACUGAAAUCAGAGCCAGCCAGACAGUGAAGCAAGCACAGUGGAGGGGGGACGGCGAAAGAUGAAAUCCAACCAAGAGCGGAGCAAUGAAUGCCUGCCACCUAAGAAGCGAGAAAUCCCUGCCACCAGCCUGCCUUCGGAGGUGAAGCCGAUCCUGCCAAAUGAAAACCACCGUGCGGAUAACCUAGCAUGGCUCCCCAGCACACCCGGCAGCCAGGGCGCGCUGGGGAGCCGGCACCGGCCUGGGGGGACAUCAUCAGUGGAGGCAGGCUUGCAGCAGGGUUUGCACAAGUCGCUGUCUGCAGGGCUGGACUAUUCUCCGCCGAGCGCACCCAGGUCCGUUCCAGCCUCCACCACCCUUCCCACGGUGUAUUCACCCGCCCUCUCCCAGUCAGGGACCCCCAUUUCCCCCGUGCAGUACACGCACCUGCAACACACCUUCCAGUUUGUUGGGCCCCAGUACAGCGGGUCGUACACCGGAUUCAUCCCUUCACAGCUGAUUUCCCCAACAGCCAAUUCUGCAACCGGCGCCGUGGCAGCCACGGCCGUUGCAACCACUCCAUCCCAGCGCUCCCAGCUGGAGGCUUAUUCCACUUUACUGGCCAGCAUGAGCGGCUUAAGCCAGCAGGGGCACAAAGUUGAGCCGCACCUGGUCAGGACGCCUGGACUGAUCGCCGCUGGGUCUCCUCCACCCACCCAGCAGAACCAGUACGUCCAUAUUUCCAGCUCUUCCCAGGGCACUGUCAGAAAUGUCUCUCCUCCAACCAUCCCAGUCCCUCUGCACCCCCAUCAGACAGUGAUCCCACACACCCUCACGCUCGGCCCUUCCUCCCAAGUAGUGGUGCAGUACACUGACUCGGGGGGCCACUUCAUCACUAGGGAUCCCCCCAAGAAGCCUGAGAGCAGCCGGCUGCAGGCGAUGCAGGCCAAGGAGGUACUGAACGGCGAGAUUGAGAAGAGCCGGAGAUAUGGUAUUUCACCCUCUGCCGACAUGGGUCUAGUCAAAGCAGGCAAUAAACCAGCUCCCCAUCAUUACGAGACCAGGCACGUGGUGGUCCACUCGAGCCCUGCUGAGUACGGCGCGCGGGAUUCCUCAGGUGUCCGAGCCUCCGUCAUGGUAGUCCCCAACAGCAGCACACCCACAGCGGACAUGGAGGUGCAGCAGGCCACCAACCGCGAGACCUCUCCAUCAGCCCUUAAUGACAAGGGAAGCUUACACUUAGGAAAGCCAGCCCACAGGUCCUAUGCUUUGUCUCCACAGCAGGCCCUGGGCCACGAGGGGGUGAAGGCAGUGGCCACGUUGUCCCCUCACACCGUCAUUCAGACCACCCACAGCGCCUCCGAACAACUCCCCGUCGGGCUGCCGGCAACAGCCUUCUAUGCCGGGACCCAGCCACCAGUGAUCGGCUACCUGAGUGGUCAGCAGCAAGCCAUCGGAUACCAUGGCAGCCUGCCGCAGCACCUCGUAAUCCCUGGCACCCAGUCCCUGCUGAUACCAGUCGGCAGCGCGGACGUUGAGCCGUCAGGAGUCGCACCCGCGAUCGUCACGUCGUCUCCUCAGUUUGCAGCAGUGCCUCACACGUUUGUCACCACCGCCGUCCCUAAGAGCGAGAACUUCAGCGCGGAGCCCCUCACCACCCAGCCCGCCUACCAGGCCACCAUGGUGCAGGCACAGAUCCACCUGCCCGUGGUGCAGUCCAUCGCUUCCCCUGCCGCCGCGCCCCCCAUGCUGCCCCCCUACUUCAUGAAGGGGUCGAUCAUUCAGCUGGCCAACGGGGAGCUGAAGAAAGUAGAGGACUUGAAAACAGAAGACUUCAUACAGAGCGCGGAAAUUAGCAAUGACCUGAAAAUAGACUCCAGCACUGUGGAGAGGAUUGAAGACAGCCAUAGCCCAGGCAUUGCCGUGAUACAGUUUGCAGUUGGGGAGCAUCGAGCACAGGUCAGCGUGGAAGUCUUGGUAGAAUACCCUUUUUUUGUAUUUGGACAAGGCUGGUCAUCCUGCUGCCCCGAGAGAACCAGCCAGCUCUUUGAUUUGCCAUGCUCCAAACUCUCGGUGGGGGACGUCUGCAUAUCGCUCACGCUCAAGAACCUGAAGAACGGCUCUAUUAAAAAGGGCCAGCCCAUGGACUCAGCUAGUAUCUUGCUGAAGCAUUCAAAGAAUGACAGUCUAGCUGGAAGUAGACACAGGUAUGCGGAGCAGGAAAACGGGAUUAAUCAGGGAAGUGCACAGAUGUUAGCUGAGAAUGGUGAACUGAAGUUUCCGGACAAAAUAGGAUUGCCUGCAGCACCUUUGCUCACCAAAACAGAACCCAGCAAGCCCCCGGCAACGAGGAAGAGGAGGUGGUCAGCCCCUGAAACACGAAAACUAGAGAAAUCAGAAGAGGAGCCACCUUUGACUCUUCCCAAGCCUUCUUUUAUUCCUCAGGAGGUUAAGAUUUGCAUUGAAGGUCGAUCCAAUGUAGGAAAGUAAAAGUUGUUUGGGGAAAGGAAAUUAGGCUAUCCCUUGUCAUUUUUAUCCAGAUUACUGUACUGUAGACUAAAUAACCCAGUAUUUACAUGUUAUCAUCUUAUUUUAAGUUUAUGUUAUAACCUUGUUGUUAUAGUUGCAGCUGGUAUUAUGCAGGAGACUGGUGCAUAUGUUUUUCCACAAGUGUUUGUCAGUGACUAGGUUUAUCGAGAGCUACAGAAGGGGCAGUAUCUGCUUCACACACCCUUAGUGGAAAUGAAUGUGUUGUUAUGGCUCCUGUUUUCUAACACCUCGAGUAGGACAGGGUCCAGCUGUGAUUUUGUUUUCCUUUUGUCCUUGUUUUAUUUUUUUUUGUUUUGUUUUGUUGUUUUGGUUCCUGUUCUAGGUUUUUUGGGGGGAGGUCAGGAGAAGGGAACUGUAGCAGAGGUGUAUGUCACAUGUGGGUGCAUGUAUGUGUGUGAGCGUGCAUGUGCGUGCAUGCACGCCAGUCCCAAGGAGGGACUACGGCUCUGUGGUGGGCUGGUCAAGAGGUUUCCUCACCCCAGGUGGACGCUGAGGACACAACCCAUGGGUGGUAUUGAGAAGGAUCGGAUAGUCUCUGAUGUUUCCAACAACAAGCCAACUCUUACUCAAGGCUCUACUACAUAUAUAUAUAUAUAUAUAUUUGUGUGUGUGUAUAUGUAUAUAUAUAUUUUUCCCCCCAUGGGGUCUGACUGCACUGAUUUUUAUUCCUAGAAGCAACUGCCACACCAACAUUUCCUUUCUGCUUGCUAGUGCAGUUCCAUUGCCCAGAGUCAGCCGGCGGGGAGGCUGUCAGGCCUCCGCACCGGUCACCCUGCCAGCUUGUCCUGCAUGGCAGGGGAGUGUGUGGUGGGGGUAUUGAUGCGUGCGUGUGGCUUGGGUGUGCGUGAGUGUGUGAGGAGGCCUGCAGCUCCAUGGAUGCGCCUGGCUCAGGCUCACUCCUGUUUCUGUGCAGUGUUAGACAAAUCGAUCGGGUUACGCCAUUGACAUUUGCUUCCACAAGGUAGAUGCAUACUGCCCCUUUGAGAUCACAGGCAUCCAUGGUUUGCAGUUAGAUUGCAAAUCUUUAGUACUGGUUUUAGUUCAUGACUAUGGACAACUGGUGCCACUUCUUUCAAAUUGCGGUGUGACACAGGAAUCCGCUGUUGAAGAUGAACCUAGAAUGUCUUUAAGCACUUAAAAUGCUGUUCACACUUUAUUGCUGAGCAUCCUGGUCUAACACUCAGUACGUACUGUAUCUCACUUUAAUCUGCUUGGAAAGCAACAACAACAAACAAACAAACAAAUCUCUUCAACACUGUAAUUACAUGCAACUAUAUAAAGUUUUCUCACAGGCAAGAUGCUGAAAGUUUUAAUGUGGUUUCAAAGGGAUGAAUGUGAAUUAUUGAACUAGUAUGUGACAGUCAUUGUCCACAAAGGACUACUUAAUAGGAGGCACUUUUUAAACUUUAAUGCUUGAGAAAGAGUUAAAGGCAUAUGCGAGCUGACAUAAUAAAAGGAAAAAAAAUAUGAGAAAGGAAAAAGGAAAGAGGAAAAAAAAAUCAUUGUCCAGUGUUUUUGAAAAAGAUGGACUUUAAAGAAUCUUGCAAUUUGCACAUCUUGAGUUUAUCAUUUGUGUGGUAUUCCUGCAGUUUUUACCUAAUAAUGUUGUGGGUUGGGGGGGUUCUGAAAGAGCAUAAACAAAUGUAGCAAUUACUCACUAACCUGCCUAUGCUCUAGGCCAUUUCAUAGGGUUACGUUCCUUUCAAGAGUUCAUUUUUGGUCUUUCUACCAUAUCUGCCACACAGAACCAGGUCCUACUGGGACACCUCUGAGAAUUUUUCUUCAGACUUGCUGAGAGAGUUUUCCACGAGAAACAUUUCUAUACUUAAGCAAGGUGUUUGUUUGUUUUGAAAACAAACCUAUUGUUAUUUUAUUAUUAUUAUUAUUUGUUAUUUUAAUUGCAUUGUUUCCCAUUGGAAAGGCGACAUUUCAAGAGUUUGGUACAAACCAAGUAGGAUGGGGGGGGGGGGGGAUUCAUGCCAUUCAGUCUUUUCUUUCCCCAGGUAGGGCCGGAUCCUUUGAGGUGCUGUGCACCCAGCCUCCUGCAUGAGCCUGGGGGAGGUGCAAGUAUGAAGUGCUCCGGGGCUGAGCGCUAACGCCUGUCGCUGCCACUAGAAAGGUCCCGUUGUCUUUCAGUGGGAUUGUGCUCGGGGCCCUACGUGAGCAAGCGCCUGUGUCGUUGGGUUUGGUUGGCGAGUUCACAUCCUUCCUUCAGGUAGUUUUGAAGAAGCUGUACUGAUUGAUAGGGAGAAAAGGAAAGAAAAAUCCAUUGUUAGAAACGCAGUAACCUAAAGUGAACAAAUGUAUUUAAAAUCUCAUUUUCCCUCUCCCCUGAAAUAACAGUGCUUUUAUUUAAGAGAAGAAAUGUUAACCCCAAACCCCAGCUUUGACUCUGUGACUUGUUACUUGAAAUUUAGCUCACACCAGACCUAAUUGUUUUUAUACCGUAUUCUGGGGUGCACCAAAAAGUUGAAAUACAUUUAAAAUAGCUUGAAACUUUUCUUGAAUUUCCUUGAAUUUUAUUAACCUCUCAGCAGGCUACCAAAUAGCUGAGUGGGUUUCUUCUCACAGUCACACUGCUUAGUUAGUGCUUAUUUGUUAAUAUUUCUGCUCAGAGAAGUUGCUUAAUCUUCCAUAUACUCUGCUCAGGGCACUUGCAAUUUAUUGUUUCGUUUUGUUUCCUGUUCUGUUUUUAAGCUUUGAUGGUAAAGGAGUAGAAAGAAUUACAAGUUUUAGUUCACAGUCAUACCACUAUUUCCAUGCUUCACGUGUACUCGGGAAAAGAGAAGUAAUCUCAAGUAAAACCAUAUGCAUACACAUUUGUGGUUAAUAAGGAAGCAGGGGCUAUUAAACUGACUGGAUCUAUUCAAGUAACACUAAAAGAGUAUAAAAAAUAAUAAUAAUAAAAAAACAAGUUUGGAGCAAUAGGAAUGUAUUAGUUCUGCGCUUGUAUUUCAGACUGAGCAAUUCUAAAAGAACUGGUUCUUUCCAAACAGUUGUCCCUUUCCAUGCUUUGGCUUUUGUAGGAUGUGCAAUACUUUAUGUGCCAACUUACGCUCACCCGUGCGGUGUUAGCUAGAUCUCAUACCCACUUCUGAUCUCCCCUCAUUUUGUUCUUUUUUUGAAUAGGGUUUUUUUCUACCUUUUUUUAUUCCCUAUUAAUAACUCCCUUCCUGCCCCCCCCUCCAAGAAAAGAAAACAUAUUUAGGGUCAAGCAUCCCCUGCCCCAGGAAACAUGAACCUUUUUUGUAUUGGAUGAUAAGAAAGAUCCAGGAAAAAAAAAAACAAAGGAAAAAACAUAAAUGUCUGCGUGUCAUCCAGGUGGAGUGCGGCUGAGGGCUGUAUGGCAUGCAGACAAAUCCUGGCUCCCAUCAGGGAGAGAAAAGCCCCCCUGGAGACCAAGUCCUUUGCACGGUGGUGGCUUUGCCUCUCCCCAGAGCCCCGAGCAUCCCUUGCAGCGAGUCCCCACGCCUGGGAAGUGCCAUCAAUCCCUGGGUGCAUGCAGAAAUUCCAGUCGCUGUUGUGGAGAUGCUGAGGUGAAGCCCAAGGAGGAGGUUGAGCCACUGCUUCUGCAGCAUCUGCUUUGCAAUAGUAACUGACAGUAGCUUUCUUUAUCUUUCUGUCUUUUUUUCCUUUCUUUCUUUUUGUAGCAGGCCUGUUUAGUUUACAACGAAAUGCAUACAAUCACCAAGAAAUUAGUCAGGGCAAAGAAAGAUAAAACAAGAACCUCUUUAUAGGGAUUUCUAAAAAAGAAAAUAUCUGUCUAUCUAUCUAAUCUAUCUAUAUAUCUAUAUAUAUAUAAAAUGACUGUUCCUUAUAGUGUUUAACUUAGGCAUUGUUUCAGUUUGUCUGGGCCACAUCACGGGGGAUUUGAGUUUGAUGUCACUUACCUCGAGGCCUCUGGUUGAGACCCAAACCAGAGUUGCUGUUGACCUUUUUUCUCAUUUCAUAUGUUGCCCUUGGGCUUGCUUUUCCUUGAAGACGUAGGCCUCGGGAGGAGGGGGGAGACACCUUCCUUUUUUUAUUCCUUAAUUCCUUCGUCCCGCUGUUGCUUUGUUCGACCUGUCGUUCCCGUCAUUUUCUCGGCAUGGGGAAGUGACAUCACUACUCUCGUUUCCCUUAAAUCAAGGAACAUUUAGAAAUCUUUCACACCUUUUACUCAGGGAUGGGGCUGGCAUAUGUGUGGUACACUGAUGUGACCAGAAGCAGCACUUUUUACUGCUCCGGAGUAGGGAUGUACAAUGUUACAGACAAGUUUGGAUUUCCUGCACCUCAUGGUUUUAAACUUUGUAGAUCUCACUUAGAUUGCAAUACAAAAGCAGCAGGCUCAGCGUGAACUGUAGCUGUCGGUGAUCAUGAAAAUUCACUUUCUGCAGAGAUUUAUUUCAUUUUAAUGUGUGUUGCCAAUAGUGGAAAGGAAAUGGUGAAAUUCUGUUAAUUCUUGCAACAGC